GGACCACAAAUAUAUUGACAUUAUACAUCUAUCUGAGUUUGGUUGUGAUCGCGUUUGUACGUUCACGUAAAAUGGGGGGUCAAAGGUUUUUUUGGUCCUCCGUUGGGAUCAUUUUGUUUACUUCAUCAUAUUAUGUUGUUGCUUGUGACGAAAAAGGCCUGUGUUUGCUUGAAGCCCUCAAGGACCUCAAAGAAUGCAAAAAAGCUUUCCUAGCAUCGUUGCUGAAGCCGCUUUUAAAGACAAAACUUUUAGACAAAGAGAAGCUACCACCACCGACAAUAUUAUUAAUGCCAGCGGCCCCUCCAGUACCUCCACCGUGUGCGCCACCACUCAUCUUACCUGCUCCGCUACCAUUGCUGCUAGCUCCACCUCCGCCGCCACCGCUGUGCUUACCUCCAGCGCCACCGUUUUGUCUUCCUCCAUCUCCUCCGUUAUGUCUUCCUCCACCACCAAUAUUUUUGCCCGCACCUUCUCCACCUCUAAUGCUACCUCCACCAAACAUCCCGUUUACGAUGCCUCCUCCUAUGAUUUUACCGCCUGCACCUGCUCCAAUAAUACUACCUGCACCACCCCCAAUGUUUUUGCAAGCUCCGCCACCACCACCCUUAUGUAUGCAAGCUCCAUUACCAUUACCACCUCCAGCUCUUCCCCCUAUAAUGAUAUCUUUAGUACCUCCACCGCCACCACCGUCUUGUUUACCUCCCCCUCCAAUCGGUAUCCCUAUGACGGCCUUCAUGGUUCCUCCACCAAUACCUAUAACAUUGGAACCGAAACCUUUACCUCCCUCCUGUCUGCCACCCCCUUGUUAUUGCUAAGUUAGCUUAAUGUUAGCUUUAUUAAUUUAAGUUUUAUUUUAUUUAUAAACAUCGAUGUUUUACAAAUAAAUGUGAACUAUGUGAAUUAUAUGAACAACGAUUCCUAAUGAUAAAUAUAACGUAAUAGUAUCCAAAAACCAUAAUUCUGAGCACACACAACAACAUCCAACAAAAUGUGUAUAACUUUGAAAAGCAAUGUUCCUAAAAUAUAUAAAAUACAUCUGAUGAAUCUGAAAUCAAUGGAAUUAUCUGUCAUUGUAAGAUCAUCAUAUAAGCAUCAUAAAUUAUUUGAGUGUUAUUAUUAAAAUUCACAAACGAAUUUUACUGAUUCGAUACUAACAAAUGUAAAUAAGAUAAUCAAAUACUUACGACGUGGAAUUACCACACUAAGCUCCCGAUACGAUAUUGUCUGAAAAAAUAUUGGACCGGGACAGUAACACGCCUAUGUCUGUAGCUACAAAGCGGUUUAAAGGGCAACUUAUCGCAUUGGUCUUGCUUCAAUAUAGUCAGUCACAGGGGUGUCUUCCUAAUUUGGACAAAGCAAAAGUACUAUCAAUUUAAAAUAAACUUAAGAUUCAGUAAAAUAUUUACUAUACCGUAAUUUUAAUUUAAAAAAAUGUCCACUAAGUAUUACUACACUCUAUAAUGCAUAGUUGUCAAAAUAAGAUUUUGUAAUGUAAUUCCAUCAAUUUCAUUCUGAUUAAAAAUAUUUUAAGCAUGGCUUAAAUAUUUGUAUUUAAAUUUUAACAUUCAAAUUACAGCGUGACAGUAGCAAUUUGAUUCGUUGCAGAAACGCCCCAUAGGUUUGCAACUGCAUUGCAUUAUCUAUUAGUAUCAUCGAAUCGUAAAUUUGUUAAGUGGCUUUUUCAUUGCAUAUUCGGAUGACCGACUUGUGUUCAUUUUAGUAUAUUCUUCAGUUUUCUUGAGUCCAAUUUUUUUAUUUUUUUUUUAUUUAGUAAUAAAUAGUAAUUUUAUAAAUAAAUAAAAAAAUUUAGUAAAAAAUAAAGUAAUAAAAAAAGUAGAAUUUCAAAUUAUUUUUACGGUUUACUUACGGAUUUAUUAUUUUCAAUAAAAGUAGUUUUAAUUGUGGUUAGUAGUUCAUGAAAGCCAUAACCCAAAAGUCGUCGUGCUUAAAGGAUCAAAUGUCCGGUGCAUUCGUAUGCAAUGCAAGAAUUUUUUCUAACGAAAUACGUACUUUACAAAUGCUCACGAUUUACUUCCACCGUGAAGGAAUAACAUAGUGUAAAAAAAUCAAACCGCAUAAUUAUAAAUUACGUAAUUACAGGUGGUAGGACCUAUUGUGAGUUCGCACGGGUAGGUACCACCGCCCCGUCUAUUUCUGCCGUGAAGCAGUAUUGCGUUUAGGUUUGAAGGGUGGGGCAGCAGUUUUAACUAUACUGAGACCUGAUAACUAAUAUCUCAAGACGGGUGGCGCAUUUACGUUGUAGAUUUAUAUGGGCUCCAGUAACCACUUAACAUCAGGUGGGCUGUGAGCUCGUCCACCCAUCUAAGAAAUAAAAAUAAAAAAACUACUUUUACGUGGUCAGUUAUCACGACAACUGUAACGCGAAGAAAUGGUAUAUGAUAAAGGAGUAUGGAAGAAGAAAACAUGUUGCGCCGACCUCAGGUGACUGGGAGAAAGGCAGGAGAAUGAGGAAAACUAGAUUAAUUAUGUUCGACUACAUUGACGAUUGAUCUUUUUUCUUUAAUCUUUAGAUUAUAUUACCUUUAAAUUAUAAUGUUUAUGUAGUAAUUAAAUACUAAAUUAAUAAUAUUAAAAUAAUAUUUAUAAUAUUAAAUAAUAAGAAUAAUAAUUUAAUAACUAAAAUAUAUUAUUAAAAGGAGUCCCUUUAGGCAAGGUUCCGAAGAUACUGGCAGCGUUCCCCCUUUGAAUAGCUAGACUAAUUCUUUGUCCAAGGUAGCUGCCAGCUCUUCGGACUCAUGUGGUGUCGACUAACCUUUUUGCUAUUUCCUUAAAAAGCCUUGUAGCGCUAGGACCCCACGGACUAAGGGUCUCGACACCGAAUGGGAUAAAAACAUAUUCCGAGCCUAGACCCCUGUAUUUGCAUGCUUUGGCUUUUUCAGCAGCUUCAUAAUAUUUUUAUUUUAUUGAAGGUUUUCUUUUUAUAUAAAAAAUUUGCAUGUAGAUUUUAUUUUUAUAAUGUUAUGCUUUCACCGUAAUGAACACGUAUUGUAUUAUUUAUGUGUUAUAAUAUGAGUACUUUUCUAUGUAUGUUAAUUUGGCUUACAAAAUGGAUGUUUCGAAGAAACGCUUUUGGUUGUAAUUCAAAAACAGGCAGUGAAAUAUAUAUGUAAACGCUCAACACAGCAGAAAAGAGACUCUCAAUUUACUAAAAAAAAUACAACAAAGCCAUGAAAAGUUCGAUUUGUAUUAUUAUACUAUAUGUCUGUUUCAUUUCGAUUUUUAUUAGGAUCGUUUAUGAAUUACAUUUUAGACAAAUAUAGUCAAUUUGAGGCGUAAAAAUAGUUGUACUAAAUUGUAGCUGUCCAAAAUUGAAGUAUUGGUUUUUAGUGUAGCCUUUUUCUUUGCUAUUGUACACGUAAGCUAAUCCCAAUAUAAAGUCAGUAUAAAACUUACCAACAACAUAUUAUACUGUUGCUCUUUCAACAAAUAACACGCAACGUUAGAACUUGUUUAACGAAAUGUGGAUUUUACCUAUAGUCGAAUUUCUUAAGUACAAAAUCGUCGGCAGCGUCAUUGUUCUGACGUGCUUACCUUAUUUCGGUGAAGAUUUCAAAAUUGAUAAUUAAGCAGUAAUUUCAAUGCAAAGAAUACAUUUCAAUCUAAGUAAUUAGUCAAAAUAAAGAAUUUAAUUUUUGAGUAUUUUUUAAAUUAAAUACAUAAGAUAUAAGAAGACGGAAAAGUAGCAGUGCUGUUUUGGGUAGUUUUGUAAAAAAAUGUUCAAGGCAUUUCUAGAAUUAUUUCAAUAAGUUUUAAUGUAAUUAUACUUAUUUUUAAAA